GUCUGGAACUCCAAAAGAAAAGCAGCUCAACGUAACAGCGCCCCGAGACCCUCCAAUGGCCGUGGCAAAUGAUCCUCUCUCGCUCAACAGGCUGCAACGCCGGUGGAGUUGAGGCCCCGUCGCGUGGGAGAUCCACCCUGCGCCUUUCCCUCACGCCUUCCUCACGUGCCUCAGCCUGGUAACAGUCACUGCAACGACGCCCAGCGCCCUUCCCUCACAGCGCUCACGCUCACACCUCCCUCACGUGCUAGCGCGCUCUGCGCGCGCCGCACGAACAGAACAGAGCAGCUCUCCGCUGUCCACCUGCCCUGCUUCCUGGUGCCUAGGGGCGGGGCGGCGGCUCUGGGUGACACCCCCUCUCAUGGUGUCACCUUGGUGCGGUCCACACUCCCCGCACCCAGCCCAAAGCAAUCAAGAUUGCUGUCUUUCCUAUACCAAGAAGCCUCUGCCUCGACGGGCUAUUAUAGGAUUCACAGAACAACUUUCCAGUGAAGUCUGUGACAUCAAUGCUGUCGUUUUUCACAUGAGGAAUGGCUUGAGAGCUUGUGCAAACCCUGAAGACCACUGGGUGCAGAAACACCUCCGCUGGUUGAGUGGAAAACUCAAGAAGCUGUCACAGUUACGUCAUUUUUGAAAUGAAGCUAGAAGCAAAGUCUGGUCAAAGAACCUAAACUAGGUUGAAAUUGUUGUGCUGUACACUGUUGUGUGCUUGUUGACCACUAAACCCCGGAUUCUCUGGAAGCUUAAAAACUGAUUCAUAUUGCAUCAAGUACUUGUUUGAAUGAAGCAUCCCAUCUAAGUUGCUUUGUUCACUUGUAUCGGUUCACAUUUUGCGAUUAAUCGAUAAAUAUUAAGUUGUAUUAUAUACAAUAUGUGCCUCUCUGGAUGAAGUGUGCUUCCCAUCAGUCAUAUGAUGUAAACAGUAAUAAGCACUGCCAUUUGCAAUAGGCUGCUGAUAUUAUGUGUGUUAGUCAUUUGUAAUAUUUUAUUGCAUGUUAUCUCUUGACUAGGACCUUUAACUUUCUUUUGGGGGGGAUUAUGUGCUUUUGGGUGAUUGUUCGCCAAACAUUACUAUUGUCCAUACAUUUAUUGAGAUAUGUAUCUAUGUUACAAUCUUUUAAGUAUAUUUGAGAAAAACUGGAAUAUGAACAAAUAAACUUGCAUUGUACAAUAA